UCGAAAAAAAAAGGGAAAUCGAGAAUAAUCGAGUUUUUCCGGUGAGAGAGGAGGAAAGAGAAGGGACGAGUACAAGAGAGAGGAGAGAAAACGAAAAAGAAGAUCCUCCCCCCCCUUCCGCACCGUGGAUCACCGAGUUAAAUACAGUGAUGUAUUUACUGUUCGGGACAUUUGCUUCGUGUUUGUCCCUGUGCUGUGAACCGAAGAUCCCGAAGCGGAGCGAUCGUUGUGCGUCGUCGUUUUAACGUUUCCGUGACGAGUGGCGAGCGGGAAAGUGGCGAGCGGGAUUUUCGAACGGAAGCGUGAAAAGAAUGGUGAAUAUGGAAGGAUCGGGCGAGCAACAAACUGUGACAGCUUCGCCACCGCCUCGAGUUCCCCUGAAGAGCAGUUUCAGUAUUCGUAGCAUUCUGCCGGAGGCGUGCGCGGGUACCCCAGCACCUCCGCUCACCCGGACGGCGUCCCCUGAGAUCAGCCACGUCGACGAGAGCGAGGAUUCGAGCGAUCUCGACGUGACCGGGGACGGCGGUGCCGAGACGCCGCCCUUGGAUUGCUCGAGGAACGCGGCCGCUUCCGUCAACUCGUCGUCCGAGCAGAAGGACACCAAGGAUCGGCAGGCGGACGACAAGAAGAAAUGCGAGAAACCCCCUUACAGUUACAACGCGUUGAUCAUGAUGGCCAUUCGCCAGAGCCCGGAGAAAAGGCUCACCUUGAACGGUAUCUACGAGUACAUAAUGCGCCAUUUCCCUUAUUACGAGAACAACAAGCAAGGAUGGCAAAACUCGAUCCGGCACAACUUAUCGUUGAACAAGUGUUUCGUCAAAGUGCCCCGCCAUUACGACGACCCCGGUAAGGGAAACUAUUGGAUGCUGGAUCCGAGUUCCGAGGACGUGUUCAUCGGUGGCACGACGGGCAAACUUCGGCGAAGGACGACAGCGGCGUCGAGGUCGCGGCUGGCGGCGUUCAAGAGGAGCGUCGUUCUCGGAGGAUUGUACCCAUCGGCGUACGCGCCACCGGGAUGGCCGGCAUCCUUGUACACUCUCCCCUAUUUGCAUCGAGCCGCCGCCGCUGGCUACCCACCGGCAACCGGCGCCUACUCCACCCCUGCCGGGUAUCCGGCCAGCUUGCUGCCCGGUGCCGCGACGAGUUCGAGCACCAGUCUGCCCUGCAAACCGCAACCGCUCCCAGCCACCGCCGCACCCCCUCAACACGGCCCAUUCUCCAUGGAGAGGUUGCUCCAACCCCCGACAGCCGCCGGAUAUCCACCCGGUAUCGCCGCCUCCGCCAUCCCCGUGUCCGGCACGCCGUACGACUUUUACUCCACUCUCAGAUCGUUGGCCGCCCACCAGCAUCAGAGCACCGCGGCGGUGUUCGCGCACAACCAACAACCCACCAGAUACCACGUGAAUCAACCUCCGCUGUUGAGCCAACCGACCUCGGCCACGGCCUCCCCGGGAAGCAGCCCGGAACCUAUGUCGCCCCGUUCGCCACCGGUCACCAUUUGCAAUUCGGUCGGGGUACAGCAGCCGAGGUCCCUUCCCCACAGCCCUCCCCAGUUGCUCUUGAAACCGAUCACCGUGCUCACCGGAAGGCAGAGCUGAACGUCGUCCAUCGUCUAGGUAUCCGGAAUUCGUGUUUCUUCCGGCUCGCGGUCGGAGAGCGACGAUGUUGAACGACGAUUUCGAUCGAAUCGACGCCGGGGAGAGAGUUUGUAUGGAUAUCGCCAUCGAUCGAGCUCGUUUCGUAACGGAAGAAGAGGAUUUAUUUUCUCCUCCGAUGGCUGUUGAGACGACGAACGUUGUGCUCGCGCGGAUAAGAAUCGAGCAAGGUGAUACCUCGAGCGAAAGGUUUGUCGAACCGUUGCUCUCGCGGGACGAUUGAAAUGCGCGAGGAAAGAGUGGGUAGAGUUGGAGGAGACAGAGAGAGAGAGAGAGAGAGAGAGAGAGAGACCAACCUGAUCUCCCAUUUUCGAUCCGAUUCCGGACCGGCUUUUCACGUCGAACGUUUCGCUCAAAUUUCGGUCCGAGGAUAUCGGAAGUUUAUAUCUUCUCGAUCCCGGUUAAUGCGUGUGCAGUGUAUAUAUGUACUUUCGUUUCAAUUUCUUUCUUGCAAUUAUAUUUGUAAAUAUUAGAAGAAUCGAAUUAGAAUCGAUCGAAUUAGGUGAAUAAGUAAUAUUGGCCUACGCUCGAAAAUGCGUCUCACCGAUUUCGCAUGAUACGUAUCGUUAUGCUGGCCGCGCGAUUUGUGAUCAUGUUAAAUGAUAAAAGAGUAAUAUAAUUGAUUAAAUUGUAAAUAAUUAAAUAAUUUAGAUGAUCUCUUGUCUCUCGAUCGCGUAUCGCGAUCGAAUCUCAAUCGAAAUGUAUUAUAAGUAUACCGAUUUUAAAAAUCGAAAGGAGAACUAAUUCCCCGAUUUUCGAGAUUCGUCGAAUUUGUUAUAUCAUGUACAUAGACGAUAAUUGUUAUAUAUAAGAUACGAUAGACACGAUAUAUGUACAUAUGUAUACACUCGAGGAUCGUGAACGUGUCGCUUGUCGCGACA